UUCAGCUCCUGGGUCUCUGCUGAUGUCACAAUGUGCAGGCUUGCAGGCAAAGAUUCCGCUGGGGCGAGGACACCGUUCAGUCACUUGCAAAGAAGAGAGGCCUCUAUGGGUGGAGUCAGGGAUCCUGUGGGGACAUGGGGGGCCUAGCCCCACCUAGAAUAAUGAAAUCAGUACUCUGUGGCCCAAGGAACACCCCUGUUGUUGUGCCACAAUAAUCCACAAGGCCCUAUAAGUUGCCUCUGAGCUCCACUUACUUGCAGCCAUGAUCACGUAUCCUCCAGGGAACAUACGGAGGGGCCAGCACAUCUUUCCUGAGUGUGUCAGUGAACAUGCCUUUGGCGGGUGGCUUCCAACAAAAGGCGAACUGCAUAAGUUGCUGCAGAGGGGCGAAUACAACCUGAUAGGAGAUGCACCCAUUUUUGAAGGCACUUUUGUGCAGGUGACCAAGAGGGGUGAAUUCAUUGGCAUCCUCAACCACCCCAACAUAGUCAUCUUGGGUAUUUUGGCUAGCACGCCCACUAUGCUGCUGCCCGACUUGAUGAUCAUUGCCCGGGAUAAAAAAGAAGGAAAUUCCAAGUCCAGAAAACUGGAAAUUGCUCGGUUGAUCCCUUUGGAGCUGGUGGAGAUUUAUGUUCACAACUUGAAAGAGCGACGCCUGAAAAUACACAUGGCAACAGGAAGGAACUACUACCUGCAGCUCUGUGCCCCUGAUGGGGAGGAGGGUUUCCAAUUUGAACGCUGGAUGCGCCUGAUAUAUCUGUUGCACGUGGCUGCUGGUAAGGCCAAGCCUCCUUCUAACGUCCCUUCCCAGGAUGCUGGGCUACACACGAUAUGGAAGACUGCUAGCAUGCCUUCUGAAACACAGCACUGGCUCCCAGUCAUCAUGGAUAAAGGGUCUUUGGAAGAGCUGAAGAAGUGGUCUUCCCAUGCAAGUUCCACCAAGACAGAACAAAAAUCUAAGCAAAGUGCCAUCGCUUCAAAGCAGAGCCCCCCAAAAUCAGGUGCUUUGCAACCCUCUUCUCAACAGCUGUCUGGAACUGCACAACCUCAGGCACAUACUUCUAGAGAGCAGCCCCAGGAUUCAGUUUCCAAGGAUCUAUCAAAGCUGAAAAGUGGGAGUGCAACUAAGCAGAGCGAGCAGCAAAUGGGCUCCCAGCUUCGACGUUUUAGUACUUGCAAGCCAUGUGCUCAUUCUCCCCCACCAUCCCAUUACUCAGUGGCGGUAGAGACUUCAGGAUAUGACACUAUGUCUGUGGGUACUGGGCCUUCUGUGCCGUUUACCGUCUCCGAGGCCAUUGGUCCCUCUCAACCAGACAGUCAACUCAGCCCCUUGGCAUCCAGUCAGAAGAGGAGCAUUGAACAGCCUAGUGCCACAGCAGAGCAUGAAGCUGUCAUGGCCAAAGCCAGUAUAAUCACAGAAAGAGAAUCUUGGGCAUCUGGAGAGGUCCCUAUUAAACUCGAAAGGAGCAAAAAAUCCAGGUCUUUGGUGGAAACGACCAUGUCUCAAGACAAUCAACAGAAAACCUCCCAGAGCCGUAGCAAUGCCUUAAGCUUGACAGAGAAGUCUGCCACAAAAGCCCAGGUCACAAGCCAGGGCUCAUCAAGGUCAGCCAGGCCUCUAAACCAAGGAGAAGGAGGUGGCUUAACCUCCCAGCGUACAUCAAGAAAGCAGAGUCAGAUGGCAUCCAGAACGGCUUCAACAAGAGCACCUUCAGCCAAUGUCGUUGCAAGGUCCCGUAAAUCAGAGGCUGCGGGUUCUUCAUUUGCGUUUACUAAAUCGGUGGCUGCUGGGCCUUCAGAGGUGGGUGCCGUGUCAGUGGCAGCUGGCCCAUCCCAGCCAGCAAGUAAGACAUCCAGAGUGGCAACUACUAGGUCAAAAGCCUCACAGACAUUACCAUUUCCUGUCCUUCAGACAGUCAGUCAUGAAUCUAAAGUGACACCAGCAAAAAGCAAAGUUUCUGAUAAUGCUAGUGCUAGGAUUUUGGAAACUGUGAAUGCUGAGGCAAAGGGAGAUAUGAGGAGCAGACCCAUUUCUAGAGAGAUGUCAGUAAAAUCAAAACCUUCUGGGAAACAGGGAACCUCUGCUGCUCCUUCUAGGCUACAGAGUCCGGGCAGGACCAGCGUCCCCUAUUCACAAAUGGCUGGCAUGGAUGAAGUGCCUGGCACCAGACCCAUUUCUAGAGAGAUGUCAGUAAAAUCAAAACCUUCUGGGAAACAGGGGACCUCUGCUGCUCCUUCUAGGCUACAGAGUCCAGGUAGGACUAGAGCUCCAUAUUCACAGGUGGGAGGGAUGGAAACCCAGAAGCUUAGCAAGACAAAGAGCAGCAAGCCAAGUCCCUCUCAAGAGCCAAGUCCACUAGGGAGGACCAAAAAAGGUUGGUCACAAUUUGGCAGGAAAUUUGUGUCAGUAGGAGCAGGGCCUUCUGAACCUGGUCUGAAAUCUGUGGCUGCGGGGACCUCCCAGCCAUUCACAGGGGGUCAAAGCAGGCCCCAGAGUCGAUCACCGGAUGCAUCUAAGCCAGUCAAAGUGAAAACAAUAUUCAGCAGAAAGAAGAGCAAGAGCGGGGACAAGACGCAGCCAAGCAGUGCCACGCAAAAACAGCAGCCAGUCAGGUAUGUUGGAAAAAUCAGCUGUCCAGGUAAGAAUGAUCUAAACAGUUUGGAGUGA